GCCCCGAUCGUCGCACGAGGAGCACGUGUGACCGCGAGUGACCGACAGUGCGAUGAAGUGCGUGAUCCUUGCCGGGUUCCUGAUGACCCUACUGGGUCAUGGAUGUGGAAACGUACUGAGAUGUUCGUUGGAAGGAACAGACGCCGCUUGCUCCAAUGACGAGGAAAAAGUCCAAUCCCCCGUGGAGGUGGAAGAAAAACCAGCGCGGCAGACGGAGUGCCUGGCCGGCAGCGAGUGGGAAAGCAACUGCCACUACUGCCGCUGCGCCGACUCAGGAGUCGCCGAGUGCUUGAAGCAGGAGGCCUGUGAUUCUGGUGUCUUCUCGGAACCGAUCAACUGCAAGCCAAACACGACAUUCGAGCGCGAGUGCAACACCUGCGUCUGCCUCGAAAAUGGCUUGGCGCUAUGCACCAUCCAGUACUGCCGGAGAUCUGCUGUCCCAAAGAAGUCCGAGCUGCCAACAGGCAAAGAAUGCGCGCCAGGAUCAACAUGGCGUAGCAGAUGCAACGACUGCAAAUGCACGGCGUCUGGGUACGCUGCCUGCACUGAGGCGGCUUGCGUGGAACAGGACGCAAAGCCCGAGAUCCGUUGCGCGCCCAACACGAUGUGGCAGAACGACUGUAAUACUUGCUGGUGUAGCGCCGAGGGCCGCGCCAUGUGCACCAAGGUCGGCUGCGUCUCCUUUGCCGAUGUAAAAGUUGAAGAAAUUGCUGAUGAUCAGGACUUCAUUAGUGAAUCGUCAUUUCAGCUCCCAAAAGCCAAGACCAUCAACGGCACCUGCAAGGCCAAAGCGAUGUUCAUCAAGGACUGCAACGUGUGCUGGUGCAACGACGAUGGCACCGGCUACUACUGCACUAGGCGAGUGUGCGUCAACGAGCUGCCAGAAGAACCAAUUGUGGAAGAAAAACCUGAGGAGCUAAGGAUAUUAAAGAAGGAAUGCCGCCCAUACGAGGUGUUCGAGCUGGAUUGCAACAUGUGCCGAUGCAACGCUGAUGGGAAGUCGUUCUCCUGCACUAGGAGGCUCUGCCCUGAUGCUGAAGAUUCUAAGAACACAUCACUCGUCAGAACGGCCAGAGCAGCUCAGGAGGCGCCUUAUAAAGCCUGCCAGCCUGGGCAGGAAUUCCGGCUGGACUGCAACAAGUGCCUCUGCGACAACUCCGGGCAAGACUUCUCGUGCACGCGGAUCGACUGCAACGCUCCUAACAAUGAUGGGGCCAGGACUAAGAGAGAAACUUCCAACUUAGUGGAGGUGUCAGCGGAGUGCACGGCAGGCAGCACCUUCGAGCAGGGCUGCAACACGUGCAAAUGCACCGCCGACGGCCACCACGCCAUGUGCACCAACAAGAAGUGCGUGCAGGAGAACCAGAUCAGCACCGAUGUUCACGGCUCUGACGCCGCUGACCCUGGUUUCCGCUGCAACCCCGGCGAGCAGUUCAAGAAGGAUUGCAACGACUGCACCUGCUCCGCCGACGGCCGAAGCACCUUCUGCACCCUCCGCCUUUGCGACCAAGACAUCACCUCCGGCCUCUAAACCAGCUGUUGCCACCUUGACAUCAACGAGACAGGAAUCUCAAUCUGUUCUGACAGAAAUUAUAUUGUCUGACUAGUUCCAAAAGUCAUUAAAAAUUUUGAACACGUUUAAAUAGCAGAAUUUUCAUUUAUAUCCAUCAUGAUAAAAGAAGAAUUGAAAAAUCAAAUGAUUAAAUACCUGGAUAUCGUUAUAUCGAGCAUAGAUCGGGAAGACAAAAAUGACAAUUUUGUUUACGGACGAUGAACUUUUUCCAAUUGAAAAUGUAGACGUUUUGAACCAAUUUUUAGACAGAAAUUAUCCAAGAUUUUGAUAUUCUAUCAAGGUGGUACUCAAGCCCAAACUUGGGAAGAUUUGGAAAUGGUGUAGAAAAACAUUUCGUAUUUGCCGAAGUGAUGAGUGUUUAAGUAUUUGUGACUAUUUUUACUUAGUUUUAGUGAGUGAGUGAGACAAUAAAAAAGCAACUUAAUAAUUUUAGGACGCUCAAUAGUAAUAAAAUGUUAAAGAAAAAGAUAUUAUUGUGAAAUUUUUCGUUCCAAAACUUCCGUCGUUAGGAAUCAUUCCUAAUAACAUAGAAGCUGUGUUUUUGCAUUUAUAAUUUACAAAUAUUUAAAAGUAAGCAUAAAGAUACUGUGAAAUGUAAUUAUUAAGUGAUUUUACAUUGAAUUAAUCUUCUCUUGCAUCGCAAUUUAGCGUAAAGCUCUAAUGUAGCAAAGUGUGUAGUUGCUUUUUUAUUUACUUUUUUGUCGUAAGGUGUGUUUUUUAAAUGUCGUCAUGCGUGUGGAUUUAUGUAUUUUCACUGUCAUUUGUAACUUCAUCCUCAUCAUAGUUUUUUUGUUUCUGUGUUUUUUGUCACUUUCAGUUUUAGUGUUCUAGGCGUAAUUUACAUUAUGUUCUGGAGUUUUUAGUUCAUCUCAAGUCUCAAGUAACUUUUUUACUGAGAUCAAAAUCACUAGCCUUAACUUUAACUUAAGAUCUGAACUUUCAUGAAAUACGUUUGUUACUAAUCAUUAUUUUCAUUAACAGUUCCCAUGUUAUCAGCAUUAUCAAUAUAUUCGUCCCUCACCUAAUUAUCUUUUUCUUCUGCCUUGCCUUAUCCCGUUUCGCGGGGUCGACUUUUCCAAUCAUGCGCCGCCAUUGAUUUAUAUCUUGAACGUCUUAUCCGUGGAGUCCCAAUAAUAACUAAAAAUAUUUUUUUAUAGGAUGAAGUUUAAAAGUUUUUAAUGGUUUUCUAUCGCAUUUCAUUCCUCUAGUGUAAGUGACUAUGAUGUUGAUGUUCAAUAGUGAAUUUGUUAUGAUAAGUGGCUUGCUUGUACGCUCGCGUACCGUAUUAGAUAAUACCUAAGUAGUUGUAUUGUGUGAUAUUGCGAUUCUUUAAAAAAUAAAUGGAUUUGAUCAUGCGCC